UCCGGAUUUUCCCGUUUGACAUUUGGUUUGAGGUUACCUAAAUUUUCGUCAUUUGUUUUGUGUAACAGUCCGUAAUUUUCUUGUCCUGUUUAAACCUUGAAAAAUAUUUAAAUACUCUAAUUGAAAAUGUCUAUCGAAAACGAAGAAACCAACAAACAAGAAGUUUGCCAAGAAAGCGCAGCCAGUAAAACAGAAAAUGACUUGAACAAGGAAAACGUUGAGAGUGAACGAGUCCAAGAUGAAUGGAUUGAUAUAUUGGGAAGCGGCGUAAUAAUGAAGAAAAUUUUGAAGGAAGGAACUCCAGAUACUCGUCCUCAAAAACAACAAACUUGUGUCAUCAACUAUGAAUUAUUUGUCGAGGAAGAUGACAUAAUACAGAAAGAGGAAAAUUUUGAAAUUGAUUUAGGGGACAAUGAUGUUAUUCAAGGUUUAGAUGUUUCCAUUGGAUUGAUGAAUGUUGGGGAGACAUGCAUUUUGAAAAUACAGCCACGCUUAGCAUUUGGGAGCAAGGGAUUACCACCGAAGAUUGGCCCAGAUACGACAGUUAGCUACAAAAUUGAACUGAUCUCUGUCGCAGAGGAAGAGCUUGAGUCCAUGAGUAUCACCCAGAGGAAAAUAAAGGGAAACAAGAAGAGAGAAAGAGGCAAUUAUUGGUAUGGUAGAGGGGAAAACAGUAUUGCCAUUCAGUGUUAUAGGAAAGCUUUGGAUUAUUUGGAUGAAGUUGAAGGGGGCAUUAAAUUUCCAGAGUCCAAUGAUGAACUGUCAGAUUCUGCUCUUCAAGAAUUAUUAGAAGAUAGGAUAAGUGUUUAUAAUAAUAUGGCUGCAGCACAAAUCCGAAUGGAGUCCUAUGAUGCAGCUUUAAUCUCCCUGAAGACUGUAUUAAAAUGUCAGCCUCAUAAUAUCAAGGCUCUCUUCAGACAAGCCAAGGUAAACACAGCUAAAAACGACAUAGGAUCAGCAAUGAAAUCCUUACUAAAAGCUAAAGAAGUGUCACCUGCUGAUCCUGACAUCAACAAUGAGUUAACUAAAUUGAACAAAAUCAUUGAAAAACAGAAAAAGACCGAACGGGAACUUGCAAAGAGGAUGUUUGGGAGCAACAGUACCAAGCAGGGCAAGAAUGAACAACAAAAUUCUAAGAAUGUUUACUAUUGGGCUACAAUAGCAGCUAGUGUAGCAGUUGCGGUGGCAGGGUUGGCUUCAUAUCGCCUCAAAUAUUUUUAGCAUUUUUUUUUGAGAAUACAAAAAUGAUGAUACAAAUUUUGAACCUGUUUUCCUUUAAUAACACAUGAGAUUGAAAUGCAUUUAGUGUUGAUUUAUUUGCUGAUGGAUGAAAAUGUUCAUUUACUCUACUUUUUAUAUUUGUUAUUUUCUAUACAGUUUAAUUAUAUUGAUUGAAAGGUCUGAUUAUAUUAUGGUGUCUGAUUAAGUUGUUGUGGUUAUCGUCUUCAUAUUGUGAUGUUUAUUAAAUAAAAGAAUGGUUUAGUU